AUGACCACAUCUACGCCAUAUUUCGUACAUCGUGCUGGAGCUGGAGCUGGUGCUGGUGGUGUUGUUGUUGUUGGUGGUAUAAGUGAAACUGCAUUGCCACGAGUUAAUGAUUAUAGUAGCAAUAAAACCGCCUCUACAGCAGCUGAUGUGGCACGAACGCAAGAUCUGCAGCAACUGACACGCCACAAUUUUCAAAUCGGCAUCGCACAAAUCGCGGCGCAAUACCAAAACGGUUCCACAUGUGGCAGAGAACUUGAAAUAUUUCUGAAGGCUACUGCAAGCCAUAAUCAACUAUGGAGCUCCAAAGUUAUUAACACUUUUGGUGGAGCGCCACGAUCUUUCAUUUGGGGAAAUUAUUUUUGGUUUGCACCGAAAGAGUUGUGUGAGGAUUUGAAUAAUCCAUUUGGUAUUACAUUGUCGAAUGCAAACACUAGUUCGCACUUGUUUAACGUAACAAGCCCGUUUCCAGUACGAUUCACUGUCGUCUAUUUAGAGUUCAGUACACCGCAUUAUAUCGACUUGAAGUUGUCAUUUGAGAAUUUAAUUCAUUUGGGCUUGUGUUUUCCGCGUUCAUGUGAUGCCGACCAAAUACGUCAAUACACCGAUUUGUAUUUCCAAAGCGAAGUUUUCGAAUUGCAACGCGAAUUUCAACUGAGACUCAAGAGUGUAGCGGUAAAAAUACCCGAACUCCGUUGGACUUUCUUUAUGCAAAGCGGAACUCUAAUUUUCACUUCUAUUUUAGCUUUUGUUAUUAUGUUAACUAUUCUUGCUGAACUUAUGCAUAAAUAUAAAAAGAGCUUAAAUCAACAGCAAAGCGGACACUCAAAAGCAGCAAAUAAAAGUUCAACCAGCACAAACAACAACAAUUUAACAGCAGAAAAACAAAUAACAGCGAAAAGCUCUUCUACAUUUGAAGAGAUUCUGUUAAGUUUUCGUUUAACAGAGAAUUUUCAACGUGCUUUAAAAUUAGACAAAUCGGACAGUUUCUUAGGCGUCAUUGCAGGGUUGCGUACAAUUAUUUGUCUAUGGGUGACCGUCUUCCACGUCUAUUACUAUUCACUGUUUGCUUUGACAAAUACAGCGCUAGUCUUUGCCAAAUUAGAGCAAUUCAUACUGCAGCCGGUGAUACAAGCCUGCUUCUAUGUGGACAUCUUUUUUGUUAUAAGUGCUCUCCUGCAUGUUUCCAAUUUUUUGGCAAAUGCAAAGCAACUGCAGUUGAUACGGAAUGGCAACUUUCUCCAAAAUUUUGUGUUAUUCUGUAAAAUUGUGUUUUAUCGUUAUUUACGCCUGACUCCAGUCAUGAUCAUCACGUUACUGUUGAGCGAUAUGUUAAACGACUUCCUUAACAUGUACUCCCCAUUUUACUUAGGCCCACACAGUGGUAUCUAUUGUAAAACCAACUGGUGGUAUAAUUUAUUAUAUAUUCAUAACAUUUUGGACAUGGAGAAUAUUUGUUGCUCGUGGACGUGGUACCUCGCCUGUGAAAUGCAGUUCUACAUUUUGUUCACUGUUUUGCUUUUCAUUCAUGCGAAAAAUGCUAAAGCGGCCAAAAUCGCCUUUGCCGUAUUAACGCUAGGAUUUGUGGCAAUCGCUUGGCUAUGCAAUUACCGCAACGGCAUAACAUUUCAAAUUGAUGUCAUCCAUAGUACGCUUAGUCAACUCUACGUGAAAUCAUGGGUUCGUUGUGUACCCUACAUUGUGGGUGUAGCCUUUGGUUGGCUUAUGCAUUAUUAUCGGCAUCAUCAUCAUCAUCGUCGUCGUCAUCGUCAUCAUCAACAGAAUCAACAAUAUUGGCAACGGUGUGUUCUAAGAACCCAGAUUUUUACUUGGGCAUAG